UGACGUCUUUAUAUAUAUAAUGCAUUAUAAAAGCAUUUUAAUGCAUUAAUAAUGACUUGUAAUGAUGCACCUUAUAAUGCAUUGUAAAAGCUCAUGAAUAAUCAAGUUUAGAAAAUAAAAUUAAAACACGACAACCAGUUUUUAAACAUAAUACUGAAUCGACAAAUAUUGUUAUGCAUUUUAACUUUGCUUACGAUUAGAAACAUUCAUUAUAACAUACAUAAUGAAUAUGUUUAUAAUGCAUUAUGCAUAAAAGCUUUAAGUAAAGUGUUACGGUGAAUUAUUUUGUUGAUUAUACAAACUGAGUACUAUACAAAUACUAAUAUAGUUUAUACUUUGCACUCCGUAUGCAAAUUUACACAAUUUAAAUCUUAUGUUUAUGGCAUUACUGUAGUAAAAAUGAGAUUUAUGUUCAUUAGGAAGGUUUAAACAUUCUAAAUCGUCAUGAAAUUAAAGUAUUUACGUUUCAUUUCAUGCCAUAAACUAUAGUAUUACUGCAUAUGCUACUGUAGUUUGUGCUUACUGUACAUGCAAAGUUUCUUUGCACUUUUAAUAUAUUUACAUGGUGUUUAUAAAAAUUAGAUUUUCAGGUUUGAAAUGCUCAAGAAAUGCAUGAACUGGGUUUCAUUUCUUUGUACAUACACUGUCUAUUUUUAUCUUUUUGGUAGCAUUCCCGUUAGUUAAUGCCUUAACUAACCCGCAUCAUUGUGUUUGUCACAAUAUUUAUUAAUUUACUAAUAUUUUAGUAUUAUAUUUGAGUUUGUGUUAGCUCAGGUCCAUUAAAUACUAAUAACAGAUGCCAAUUUUUAUUUGAAUGUGUUAGUAAAUGCUGAAAUCAACAUUGGCUAAGAAAACAUGAUUUAAAAGUCUAAUGUAGUUAACUCAUCUUAUUAAGUCAAAUCUUUUUGUAAGGUGUUUUUCUUUUGCGUUUGAUAUUUUUGAUUUGGGGUGAGUUAUGAGCAGGAGCGGUCGGCGUGGGUGUGACGGAGAGAUCGGCGUGUUCCUCCUGUGUUCCUCUGAAUGUUCAAGCAGCUGUAAGUGAGUGUGAUUGAGUGAAUUCGAUCUGUUCCUGUGCUGUCGGAGGUGGCUCUGAUGUCCAGCGGUGGGCGGCACAGAACAGGAGCGAGAGGCGACCGUCCUCACCGCUCAUUCAAUACCCGUCCUGCAGCUCUGUGCUCAACACCAUGUGGACCAUCAUGAUGAUGAUGAUGAAGAAGAAGGAGCCGUGGCGGCUCUGAGCUUUCUUCCAGAGACAUGGACGUGCUGGAAGGUUCCGGAUCUGGAUUCGAGUCUGGAUCCGGGUCGGGUUGGAACCACUCGGACUGGGAGGAAGACCAGUCGCUCUUCACCGACACCGAGCUGGUGGUGUUAACGACGCUGUGUGUGCCGCUGCUGCUGCUCGGCCUGCUGGGAAACGCCCUGACCAUUCUGGUGGUGUGGCGACGCCCACAAAUGAGAAGCACCACCUACCUGUACCUGAGCAGCAUGGCCGUAUCAGACAUCCUCAUCCUGCUGCUGAUGCCUCUGGAUCUCUAUAAGUUGUGGAGGUUUCGUCCGUGGCUGCUGGGCGACGCCGUGUGCAAGCUGUCGAUGUUUGUGGGCGAAUGCUGCACGUUCUCGUCGAUCCUGCACAUGACGGCUCUGGGGGCGGAGCGAUACCUGGCCGUCUGCUUCCCGCUCCGCGCGCGCUUGCUGGUCACCAGGGGGCGUGUCCGCGUGCUGAUCGCGGGGCUGUGGGGCGUGGCCAUGCUCAGCGCGGGGCCGGUGUUUGCUUUGGUGGGGGUGGAGCAGUUUGAGGGCGGAGCCAGCGAGUGCCGCUGCACGCAGUACGCGCAGACCUCCGGCCUUCUGAAAGCCAUGCUGUGGCUCUCCAACCUCUACUUCAUCUGCCCGCUCACCAUCCUGUCGCUCCUGUACGGCCUGAUCGCCCGCCGCCUGCACCUGCGCGCGCACACGCACCGGGACAAAACGCACCGCCAGACCCUCCGCAUGAUGGUGGUGAUCGUGCUGGUGUUCAUCUUGUGCUGGCUGCCGUUCCACGUGAGCCGGACGCUGUUUUCGGUCUCGGACUCGAGCGGUCAGCUGUAUUACAUCAGUCAGUACUUUAAUCUGGUGUCUUUAGUGCUGUUUUACGUCAGCGCCGCUGUGAAUCCUCUGCUGUAUAACAUCAUGUCCGCUCGCUACCGCGCCAACGUCCUCGCCAUGCUGCGGCUGACGGUGGGCUCCACGGACGAGCUGCGCCACAGGGCCCGCACCUCCCCGCUGACCGCCUCUCACUCCAGCACACACUUCUGACCGCGUGAGUGUGUUUGUUAGGCUCGAAACAAACUACAAGACUCUAGAAGAAACCACUGAGGUUUGUUACGGCCACAUGAAUGCAGUAUAUCUGUGGGAUCUGGCCGAGCACGUUCAUGUUUACUUUUUGCAUUACUUGUGUUCAUCUGUGUAUUUAGGGUCGGCACUGUCCCUUCUGCCACCUGCAGAUCAAUUACAGAAUAUCUGCAAAUGGACAGAGCGUCAGUGAGCCUUUUAGCAACACUAGAUAUAUUUAAUGUGUGUUUGAAUUGUAUUUAUUGUGCUGGACAGGGCUUAUGUCAUGGAUAUUGAAUAAAAGGCUGCUCUU